AUUUACGAUGCUAACAUACUUAAGUAUGAAUAACAACGUGUAAAGUAUUAAGUAUAGAGAGAGUUGAGACUUCGUAGUUCAUCACGGAUUUUAUCACGUAAUAAUGAUGAAUAUUUAGAACGUACUUAAUUGAAUAACACCGCAUUAAGUGCAGAAAGAGUUGAGACUUCAUAGUUUGUCACGGAUCGUAAUAAUGAUGAAUAUUUAGAACAUACUUUAGUAUGACUAACAGCUCAUAAAGGUCAGAGUUGAGAUUUCAUAGUUUAACACGGAUUUUAUCACGUAAUAAUGAACACUAAGGCCCUUAUAACAUUUUUUCUUUGGACAAGUUGCCAGACUUUCGGUUUUGAAGUUUCAACACCUUCGCCAUACUACUUUUGGUUUGAAGAUAAAUUCCACCAGAAUUGGGUAUUGGGUGAAUAUAACAAAUCUCUUAUGAUAUCUUGUCUGCAGAAAUGCCAAAGAAAUUCUGAUUGUGUCGGUCUGGCUCUUGGACCAGUUGAGGAAGAGGAUUAUUCAAGAGAUUGUUACACUCUAAAAGUUAUCGAUGAAGAGGAUUGUUCUGACGGAAGCUGUGAUUACGAGGGAUAUCAAAUAUACCAUAUGUCCAAACCUCUAACAACUACUGAAGCCCCAACAACAUCCACAACUGCUGAGCCUACGACCUCCACUACGACAACGCAGCCUACAACUACCACAACAACUGAACCGACUACAACCACAACUUCAGUACCAACAACUACCUCUACAACUGAACCAACAACUACAACCACAACAACUAAGCCAACAACCACAACAACUGAAUCAGCAACUACAACCACUACAACUGAACCAACAACUACUACCACAGAACCAACUACAACAACCACAACAACAGAGCCAACAACAACCACCACUUCUGCACCAACCACAACUACAACAACUGAGCCAACAACAACAACUACAACAACUGAGCCAACAACAACAUCCACUACAACUGAACCAACAACAACCACAACAACUGAGCCAACAACAUCCACAACGACAGAAUCAACAACUACGACCACAACCGAACCAACAACAACAACUACCACUGAAUCCACAACAACGACUACUGCUGAGCCGACAACAACUACUACGACUGAAUCAACUACAACGACUACAACAGAACCCACCACAACUACGACAACUGAGCCAACUACAACAACCACAACUGAGCCGACUACAACAACUACUACUGAACAACCAACAACUGCUGUUCUAACUACGUCUGAAGCUCCUGAAGAAGAGGGUGAGACUUGUGCAACACCUCCACCACUCAUUAAGUGUGAAAAUAAUAAGAUAGAUAUUAUAUAUGGAUUAUCCGUGGACCGAGGAGCUCUGUUUACUAACCCUGACAUGAAAAUGAAGUGCAAAGAUGUUUUCCAGCAAGGUGCAGUUUUUUCAUCAACUGUGGAAAACAUAAUAAAAAAGCCUUUUGAAGGAAAAUUUGGUUGCGGCGUCAACUAUGGCGUGUCUGGAAUCAAACUCUGCUUCGAAGGUGAUUUGAAAUACGUUGCUGUUCAGUGCACAAAAUUAAAGGAUAAUUAUAAAUUGUCAGAUGAUAAAAAAAGAAGUUCUGGAAACAGCAAACAACAACCGGGUCUUGCUCCUUGCAAGGAAAACGAAUUAAUUGUGUCUCUUUUGCUGGAAAAAGAUGAAAGGUCAGGAGACAUCAAUGUUAACAUUGAAUGCAUAGAGUUAACACAGAAUUAGUGUUUUCCUUAAUGCGUUAAAAACAGUUACUCUUGACAGUUUAAGUAAUGUUAAAAGACGUAGAUGAUGAAUGUAAACACGUAGAAGCGCAAACAGAUAAGCAAAAUAUUGGGUUCCAUGAUUUACCGACUAUUAUUUCAAUUUGAAAAAAUUAAUAAUAUUUACAAAAAAAAAUCAAAUGAUAGAAAUGUACGGUUUUCUGUGUCAAUAUAUCUGAAUCAACAAUAAUUUCUCCUCUUCAAGAUUUAAAAUUAGAUGUAAAAUUCAUCAAUAGAUGACGAUGUCAGGUAAGAAAAGCUGUAAAAAUGCUUUCAAGUAAACCACAACUAGGAGUCAACAUCUCGCUCUGUCUCAAUAUAAAAUUAAAGUACAUAUAUAAAUUGCUACUUAAUAAUAAUAACAACGAUCUGGAAACAGCAUACAACAACUCCAUGCAACGAAAAUUAAUUAAAUACGUCUCUGUUGUUGAAAAAAUUGCAAAUAAAAGUGACAUCAAUGUUAACAUUGCAUAGAGUUAACAGGGAACUAACAUUUUCCUUUAAACUUUUGAAACAUUUGACAGUUUAAGUAGUGUUAAAAAAAAGCUCAUUAUACUCAACUUAUGAGCAUAAUACUUCACCCUUAAGUUUAUAAAGCAAUUUAAAAAAUUAUUAACAAUGAAAAAAGUCAAAGGAUAGAAAUGUACGGUUUGUAGCGUUCUGUUAGGAAACAUUAUUUCUCCUAACGAAGUCUUAAAAUUAGUAACAAAAUCUGUCAACAGACUGCGCUACUAGGCGAGCGAAGUAAGAAAAAACUUUCUUAAGUGUACCACUAUUUGCAACAACAAUGUGGUGCAGUCUGAGUACAAUUUAACACGUGCCCUUGCAAAUAUUUUAGUUCGAAUUGUACGCUAUGCGAACGGAAGCUAUUGCUUUGAAGGUUUUAGUCAACAGCGCCAUCUUUCUACGAUUUUUGUAGCUAAUUUUGAAACUUGGGGAGAAUAUAUAUUAAACUAGUUAUCUGAACAGAACAUAACAAACCAUACAUCUUUUUCCAUUUUUCUUUAGUUGAUUUAUUUAAAUUUUAGGGAAAUUUGUGAGAUAUUUGAUAUAUUAUUAUUUAUUAUGUAGCUUAUGUUGUUUCUAAAUAAGGAAAAAGCUGGAGUGAAUAAUUCGAGUUUUUCCUCGACAAGAUUCUUGUCGAAGAUAAUUGCUGAAACAAAUCUCCCUAAAAUAUAGUUAUUUAAAUAAAGUAACUUUCGAGUUAUUUAACAGUAAACUUUAUCUUAUAGUAUUUCAGUUGCGUGCUAAAAAUAAGAGCAACUGUCAGAAAUGAUUACUGCAAUUGCAUUAAUGUUGUAGCUAUGGCAGCAGUUCAGCUAACAUUUAAGUAAAUGUUUAUUUACACAAUUCACAACACAUUUGAUAAAUGCAUGAUGUUUCUGCUCAAUGCUCACGAAAUGCGAAUUAAUUAUGAAUUACUACCAUAAUUUCCUUUGUAAUGUCAAUUUCUUUAGUAAAAAUGUUUUACUCGUUC